AUGAAUACAACCAAUGGCUAUGACAACAAUGGAGAUGAUAAUAAAAAUGACAGUGAAUAUGUAGUUUGUGGUGAGAAUAUACAGAAUGCAAUUAAAAUACUAUUAAAUGCUCAUUCCAAAGAUAUAAUGAAGGUAGAGAAUGAGUUUCAAACACAAAAGAAAUUAUGGGAAGAAGAAAAGAUAACUUUAGUCAAAGCAUAUAAAAGGUUUGAUAUUAUACUCACAUAUUAUUUCCCUGUUAAAUCUAUCAUUCAUCCUAAUAUAACCUAUUCAUACAAAUGUAGACUGAAAGAAAAGAAUGAGAUUUUAAUUAAAAUUAUAAAAGAUCAUGGUAUUAACUUAAAUAAUAUCAAUAUCAAAAACAAAGAGAAUAUUAAUAGUAAUAGCAGUAGCAAUAAUAAUAGUAAUAGUAAUAGUAAUAGCAAUAAUAAUAUUAAUAGUAAUAAUAAUAGUAAUAAUAAUAGUAAUAAUAAUAGUAAUAAUAAUAGUAAUAAUAGUAAUAAUAAAAGUAAAAAUAACAACACUAAUAAUAGUAGUAAUAAUAGUAGUAAAAAUAACAACAAUAAUAAUAGUAGUAAAUUUGUAAAUAACUUUGAUUUGGGUGAUCAGUUUGUAGAGAGUGGAAGUGAUAGCGAUGGAGAUGCAGAUGGUAAUAGUUUUCAAAUGAAAAAGAAGAUUGUUAAUGUACAGAAGAAACAAGAGACUGCUGCUGCUGCCGCCACAACUACAACUACAACAACAACAACGACGACUGAUGACAAGAGGAACAAGAAACGAAAGAGCAAUGAACCAGUUAUACUCGAUGCACAAGAUGAUUUAGAUUUGCCACUAAUCAAUGAUAAACAUAAAGAGGAAGAAGAAUUACAACUACAACAACAGAUUAUUUCAAUUUCACAGUCACAAUCACAAUCACCACAACAAUUGCUUUCAAAUCGAUUUGGUGAUAACAAUAGAUCACCUACGUCUUCACAGCCAACAACCUCUACUUCUACUACAACCACAAAACAAAAGAAUUAUAAAUACUCUGAAGUUGUAAGGAAUAAAGCGGAACGUGAGCAACUAGAAGGAUUCGAAUGUCAACACUGUAAAGAGUGUUCUCGACACAGACACGAUGAUACUCCACCAUCAACACCUCCUGGAUUCUGGGACUUUGGAUUUGGUGAUUCUCCAACUUAA